AUGAGCACAAAGACCAAGUUAUUUUUAUCUUAAAAAGUUGACUUAGGGUAUAAAUCUUAUGAGGACAGUCUACGUCCUGCAACCACCACAGCUGCUACAGGUAGCGAUUUUUAAUUCGAAAGUAAAAGCUAAUUGGGUACAAGCAAAUCAAUAUUUAUGAAACCUAAUUCAUUGCAAACAAUAAGAAAUAUCUUCGAUGAGGUUAAAAAUGAAGAGAGGAAGAAAUAUAAGGACAAUUAAAUUGGACCGAGAUAUGAGGAUGACAAAAAGGAGAAGGUAGUAAAGUGGUCUAUAGUUGGUAAGGCUGAACAGUUUUUGGCUGUCAGAAAUAAGAACAAAUAGAGAGUUGUAAUUAAAUAAAGAAGGCAAGAAGGAGAUGAUUCAUUCUCUGAUGAUGUCCCUUCUGUAAGACCUUUACUCUUAUAAUAAUCUCAAUCAUAAAUUUCAGGUAUGGGUUAGUCAAGGAAAACUCCCAAGAAACCCAGAGGCGAAUUUAAAAUGUUACCAAGAUAAGAUGCUUUAAUCAAGUUAGUUGAAGCUAAACGCAGAAUUGAAACUGAUAAAAUAGAUAAAAGUAAAUAAGAACUCAAACUUCCUCUUCAUCUCAGGAAUGCAAUCACAAGAGAUAAAAGAACCCUGGAAUCGUUUGAUUAGGCAAAGGAGAAGUGGGAGUAAGUCAAUAAUUAAAUUGCAUCAAAUUGUGAAAGAUCUCCUACUGAAACUAUACUGGUUAGAUCAGAUAAUUACAGAGAUAGAAACAUCAAAUUAAAUAUCAUUGAAUCUUAAAAGAAUGAGGAUGAGAAACAUAACGAUAGAUUAUGGUAUCUUAGACUAAGAUGGUAUGAUUGUAAGGAUGAUAGACCUCCAUUUUCGUUGUUAACCUCAUAAAGACCUAAAAGCAUCACCAUGACGAAUAGAUUGAUAAAUAGAUAUGUCAAAGAUUACAAGGCUGAACAUUUAAAUUAAUAAUAAAAUUUCGUAUUGUCAGAUAUACAGAGCAAUUUCAAUACAAAAGUUAUUGAUAAUCCUUAUUAAUAGAUUGAAAAAGUGAUACCAAAUGCAUCAAGUUAGAAUUUGUAUAGCAAGAAAUUAGAAAAAUACUUUGAUGAAAAAAUAAAACCACAUAACUCAAAAAAGAAAUACGUUGAUACAAAUGAAUAUUUGGAAUUGGUUGGUGAAAAUGUUUAUAAAAAGGAGCUAAAUUUUAUUAUGAAGUAAUAACAAUUGGAAUACCAAUAUUUUGAAGAAAAACCAGAUGAAGAAGAAGUGUACAUUGAUAAUUGGGAUAAUUAAUAAUUGGCUAAGAUGGGUUAACCAUUAAUAUAACAUAUUUGA